AUGGACAAGAUGGGGCUGCCAGGGACCAGCAAGCACAUCACCUUCCUCCUGCUUUGCCAGCUAGGCGCCUUCAGCCGAGGUGACGGCUGCUGCGUGGAGAGGACGUCACACUCAGAGGAAGCCUCAGGUUCCUACUUAGGACCCAGGAACUUGAGUUGCUACAGGGUUUCCGGGGCAGACUAUGAGUGCUCCUGGCAGUAUGAUGGCCCUGAGGACAAUGUUGCUCACUUCCUGUGGUGCUGCUUUGUUCGUGGGAAUACCAACUUUAGCCAAGAAUGCUGCUGCUACUUUUCCUCAGGCCGGUCCCAGACGGUGCAGUUCUCGGAACAGGACGGUAUCUCUACGCUGUCCAAGGUCAACUUCUGGGUGGAGUCUCGGCUUGGGAACCGGACCAUGAAGUCUCAGGAGAUAUCUCUGUACCUGUACAACUGGACCAAGAUCACUCCUCCCUUGGGACACAUCAGAGUGUCGCGAUCGCACGGGCAGUUGCGAAUGGACUGGAAUGUGUCCGAUGAGGCCGGUGCUGAGGUGCAGUUCAGGCGCCGGAUGCCCACAACGAAUUGGACCUUGGGUGACUGUGGACCUCAGGUUAACUCUGGCUUGGGUAUGCUUGGUGACAUUCAUGGUAGCAGUUCUGAGUCCUGCCUCUGCCCUUCUGAGAACAUGGCCCAGGAGAUCCAGAUAAGGAGGAGGAAGCGGCUCUCCUCAGGGGCCCCUGGAGGUCCCUGGAGUAAUUGGAGCAUGCCUGUGUGUGUUCCACCCGAUCUCCUCCCCCAGGCCGAGAUUAAGUUCUUGGUGGAGCCCCUGAACCAAGGUGGAAGGAGGCGUCUGACCAUACAGGGGCAGUCGCCACAGCUGGCUGUCCCGCCAGGCUGCCGGGACAGGCCUGGUGCUCAGGUGAAGAAGCACUUGGUACUGGUGCGCAUGCUGUCCUGCAGGUGCCAGGCUCACACCUCGAAAACCGUGCCCCUGGGCAAGACGCUGAACCUCUCCGGGGCCGCCUACGUCCUGGAUGUGCUCGCCGAGACUCGCUUUGGCCGCAGCACCCUCCGGAAGUGGCCCCUUCCCGCCCAAGAGCUCACAGAGACAAGAACCCUGAAUGUCAGCGUGGAAGGCAACGUGACAUUCAUGCAAUGGGCAGCCCAGGCUCCAGGCACCACCUACUGCCUUGAGUGGCAGCCGUGGGGCCAGGACAGGAACCACACUCGCUGUACCCUGAUUGCACCAGAAGAUGAGGACCCUGCCAAGAUGGUGACACACAGCUGGAGCUCGAAGCCGAACCUGGACCAGGAGGAAUGUUACCACAUCACUGUCUUCGCCUCCAAGAACCCCAAGAAUCCCAUUCUGUGGGCCACCGUCCUGUCCAGUUACUACUUUGGGGGUAACGCCUCAAGGGUCGGGACUCCGCGCCACGUGUCGGUGAGGAACUACACCGAGAACUCGGUGUCCGUGGAGUGGACGGCGUCGCAGCUGAGCACCUGCCCCGGGGUCCUGACGCAAUACGUCGUGCGUUGCGCGGCUGAAGACGGCACGUGGGAGUCAGAGUGGCUCGUGCCACCCACGAAAACCCAAGUGACACUUGACAAGCUGCGCAGCCGCGUGGUGUACACGGUUCAGGUGCGAGCCGACACUGCGAGGCUCCCAGGCGUCUGGAGCCAUCCCCAGCGCUUCAGCUUUGAGGUGCAGAUUUCCCGUUUAUCCAUCGUUUUCGCGUCUCUGGGAAGCUUCGCCAGCGUCCUCCUCGUGGGCAGCCUCGGAUACAUUGGCUUAAACAGGGCCGCCUGGCACUUGUGCCCACCCCUGCCUACACCGAGUGGCAGCGCUGCUGUGGAGUUCUCCGGCAGCCAGGGCAAGCAGGCUUGGCAGUGGUGCAGCCCUGAGGACUUUCCGGAGGUGCUGUACCCGCGAGACGCUCUGGUGGUGGAGAUGCCCGGGGACGGAGGCGACGGGACAGAGUCGCUCCAGGACGCCCCUGAGCGUGCCCUGGACACAAGGCGGCCCUUGGAGACUGAGAGGCAGGUGCAGGGACUCUCAGAGGCCAGGCGCCUGGGCCUGGCUAGGGAGGACUGUCCCCGUGAUGACUUGGCCCACGUGACACUCCCGCUGCUCCUGGGAGAUGUGACCCAGAGAGCCUCUGUACUUGACGAUCUUUGGAAGACCCUUAAGACCGCGGAGCCGGGACCACCCACUUUGGGGCAAGAGGCCUGA